CCAGGAAGCUAAACCUGCACAAACAGCAAAAAGCAGAGCUGAGAAUCGGGAUAUUGUACAUAUAUUUAUUUUUCUUUCUAAACGUUUAAACAUUUAAUCCGAGGCUCCGUGAAAGGGUCGCGGAGAUUUCGUGCUCCUCAGGUGUCCACAUUCCGAGGAAGGGCUGCUUUUGAAAAGAUGGACCCCACGCUCGCUGAGAUGGGGAGUCACCUCUCUGAUGCCAUGAAGAUUCUGGAGAGUGGACAAAUAGAGACGGUGCAGGACACUGGGAGACGGAGGCUGAGCUGGAGAGAUAUUCCAGGACCUUUACAAGGAGAUGGUCAGAACAUGGUGACCAUCCUCCAGCUAGUUCAGAACCUCAUGCACGAUGACGAGGACAAACAGGCUCCCCGGAUGCAGUACGUCGGAGAGCAGGGACACAUGGCUUUACUGGGACACAGCCUGGCUGCAUAUAUCUCUGUUCUGGACAAAGACCGGCUGAGAAAACUGACUACUCGCAUCCUCUCGGAUACAACCCUCUGGCUCUGCAGACUCUUCAGGUAUGAAAACGGUUCGGGUUAUUAUCAUGAGGAUGACCGCGAGGGGCUGGUGAAGGUGUGCAGGCUGGUCAUUAAUGCUCGUUAUGAGGACUACGCCACAGAGGGCUUCACCGUGCUCAGCUCCAAACAGCCCGUGAUUUACCAAAGCGCCGCCUGCAGACCCGGCCUAGGACAGCACCUGUGCAGCCAGCUUGGUCUGCCCCUGUCCAGCCUUUGCAUUGUGCCCUGCAACACCAUGUUUGGAUCUCAGCACCAAAUGGACAUUGCCUUGCUGGACAAACUGAUCAGAGACGAUGUGGACACCGGGAAGCUUCCUUUGCUGUUAAUAGCAAAUGCUGGAACGCCGGGUGCAGGUCAUACAGAUAAACUGAGCCGUCUGAAGGAGCUGUGUGUGCAGUACAACGUGUGGCUCCAUGUUGAAGGCGUCAACCUGGCGAUGCUGGUGCUGGGAAACAUCUCCUCCACAGUCACAGCAGCCACUAAGUGUGACAGUAUGACUCUGACCCCCGGGCCAUGGCUCGGGCUGCCCUCUGUACCGGCCGUCACGCUCUACAGACACGAGGACCCUGCGUUGUCUCUUGCAGCAGGUCUAACGUCCAGUCAGCCGGUGGAGAAGCUGCGUGCUCUGCCCUCUGGCUGUCCCCUGCAGUACCUGGGGCAUGAUGGGAUUGUACAGAGGAUUAUGCAUGCGUCCCAACUCAGUCAGAAGCUACUGGAGCAGCUGAAGUCACUGAACUGCAUAAAGACUUCGGUAGAAGAUGAGCUGUGUUCUCCUGUGGUGGUGUUCAGGUUCUCCCAAGAUAACAGUUCAGCGUCCAGUGGCGGCUCUAUGGAGGGAUAUUUUACAGGAGAGAGAGAGGUGCAGGACGCCCUCAACAGAUGGCUCGGUGAACAGCUAGCUCUGCAUGUUCCGGCCAGCGGAGUGGACGUAGUGGAGCUGGAGGAUGAAGGAGUCUGUGUGCGCUUUAACCCUUUAAUGACUGCCGCAGCGUUAGGUACUCAGGAGUCAGACGUGGCGGUGCUGGUGGAGAAGCUGGCCGAGCUGGUUCCUGUGCUGAGCUGUACGCUGCGUUUCAGGCUGGACUUCAGAGAGGAAGUGCUCCAGCACGCUGCUCUGUGCUACAUAGAAGAGCUGAGCUGGCCCGGGCUCGGCGCUGUCAGGUAUGAGCCCAGAAGGACGGACCUGGAGGAGGGAAAGAGGCAGCAGGAGGUGGAGAAGAUCAACAGUGAACUGAUGAAGAAGCUGAAGGAACUGGACACUGACCUGGAGUUCUCGACAGGCCCUGAGUUCACUGAGGAGCAGAACUGUAUAUUCAUCGGAGUGGCAGCUGAGGAUCUGGACGUGGCCGCUUUAGUGGAAACCAUCGUCUGUGUUGGGAGGGAGAUUGAAGAGAGUGGAAAGCUUUUGGAGAACAUGACAGAGGUGGUGAGGAAGGGCAUCCUGGAGGCACAGCUGCAGCUUCAGAAAGCCAACGAGGAGAAACUCAUGGAGGAGGGUGUUCUAAGGCAGAUCCCGUUGGUGAGCUCCGUGAUGAACUGGUUCUCUCCUGUUCAGAGCUCCAUUAAAGGCAGAACCUUCGAUCUGGCUGCAGGUUCUCUGGACACCACUGAGCCUGUUUACUCUCUGAAAGCCCAACCAAAUAAAGAGGCCUCCUCUGAAAGCCCUUCAGCUGCAGCCAGACGCCUGCCAGGUCAGAAGCUGUUCCGGCGCUCAGGUGCAGGCUGCGACACGUUCAGCGAAACCAGCUCAGUCUGCCACCUGGAGGAGCCGUUCAGAGAGCCGCUACCUGCCGAAACAUCUGAACACGCUGAGAGGGAGGGGGAGGUACCAUACGACCGUCCCCACACCUUAGAGGAACCUUCAGCAGCAGACCAGCGUGUUCCUGAGGGCCAGGGGGAGGAGCCUGACUCCAUCAGAUAGAGAUUGCUCCAUUGAAGGCAAAGUGGCUGUACUGAAUAAGGCGCGGAGUGAUUGCCCCUUGGUCCACGACCUCGAUGCCUUGACCGAGUUGCUCUAGGAUUUUAGGUUAAUGAAGCAGCUUUAAGUGCAAGUAAUGCAACACUGGGAUUCCAUCAGCAUGCGUUGUUCCUUACAGCCCUGUUCUCAAUACACAACCAUACGUUAAAUGAAUACACCAAUGUUCUGCCAGCCUAAUCUCUGUCUGCCAUAGAUGUAGCGUAUGGUCAAUUGCCACAGAUAAUAAUUUCAGUGUUUCCCUGAACUCACCUAUAAUAGAAUUUGCUGAAUUCUGUCAGUAAACAUGCGAAGAAUGUGCUUUUAUAGAAUGUUUUUGUGAAUUUGAAGACUAUAAAUGUAAAAAUAGUCAAAAACAAGGGAUAAAAACUACAAUAAUACUCAUUUCUAGCAACGCUAUUUGAUUUCUAAUUGUAUGUUAGCACUAAGUGGAACAUUUUUAGCAGUUCUAGAUUGAACACAGACGUCAUAGCUUGUAAAUGUCAUUCUGUAUGUUCUAUCUGAAGCUUGUAACAGUCCUUAUCAUGUAUCUGAGCUUGUAUGCAUCAUUUUUACUGUGACUCUUUCAGUACACAGUCCUGCACAGAGCUGCCGCCGCUGUUUUACAUUCCAAACAACUAACCAGAACUUGCUUAGACUACGACUCAUAUUCAGUCAGUGACGUAUCUAGAACUUUCAGAAGGGCUAGAGUAACUUUCUUUGGUCCCACUGUAAAUCAAAGCCUGAUUGGUCGAUUCCUCUGCCACUUCCUAAUUAUGUUGGUAAAUAAUCUAAUAUGUAAGGCCUUCAGUUCAGCUCCUGAAGUCUUAACCGAUGAGAGAGCAGCUCAGCUGUAUCUACCCAAACACAACCGAGAGAAGUCCUGAUUGAUUAAACAUAACAAACUUAAACUUAACAAUUAUAUAUAUGAAAUAUAUAUUAAAACAGAGUAUUACUGUAAUGCUUAUAGAGUUUAAAUACAACAAAUUGAUUAUUCUAUUAAAUAAAAAUGAUCUACAAUUUCAUUUAGUAUUUUCUACUUCACAAAAAAUCUCUGAAGGUGUGGAGCUAGAGGUGGAGGAAAUGGCAAAAAUAUAAUACUGCAAUACUUUAAGUAAUUUUAUGAUGCACUAUAUAUCAAUUUUUUCAGACAUCUGAUCAGUUGGAACAGAGAAAAACAUUGAUUUUUAUUCAAUAUUUGGCACUAAAUCCACUUAAAUGGGAUUAAUUCGCUCUCUUUAUUAUGAAACAUGCAGUUGGUCAGUGUCUACAGGCACUGACGAUGUACACGAUAUGUUCAGAACAGCAUAUUGUAUUGUAUUGUGACAUAAUUCAUCACAACAGUGAUAUGUAUUGUCUUGUCCAACUCUAUGUAGAAGGCCCUGAAGGUUCCCGUCUGUGUAAACUUGUGGAAAUUUUCCAGAACAAACAGUUUCUGGGUAUUCGUUAACGGUUUGAAAUAGUAAUUGACUCCUCCUAACGUGUUCUGUUGUUGUAAAGUGGUUGCAGUUUCUGUUUAGUGUCACAGUCACAUACUUUAAAUGUGUGUUCACAGAAUUCAGUAGCGUAGAAAGAGAAAAAGUCAGACAGGUCUAGCAAAAUUACCUGUAGGUGAGGCCAAUUUGAGUCUUCAAACGCAAGUAGGUUGAACGAGUUGCUUCAUGAAGAUUGAAGAGAGCAGAAGCUAAACGUUUGCUUGGUUAGUGUCUGGCUUUUGUUGCUCUAUUUAACCUCUUGAACUCCUCGGGACCACCGGUGGUUCCAAAACGCUCUUCAUCAUAUACUUCAUAACUUUCAUAUUUCAUAAGCUACAUUCAGAAGGAGGGCAUCAUAUGAGGCUGUAACUGUGUUCUUUCCAGUCAA